CAGUCGGAAGCGGCCAUCUUGGUGUUAAAAAAAUCAACUUCCUUUCUGUCUCGAUUCGAGAAAAUACGCAAGCAAAAAUCAUGCCGCUCGCCAAGGAUCUACUGCACCCGCUGCCGGCGGAAGAGAAGCGCAAGCACAAGCUCAAGCGACUUGUUCAACAUCCCAAUUCCUACUUCAUGGAUGUCAAAUGCCCAGGAUGCAUUAAGAUUUCUACAGUCUUCAGUCAUGCCCAGGGAGUUGUUGUGUGCGUUGGAUGCUCCACGAUUCUGUGUCAGCCAACAGGAGGACGAGCAAAACUCACAGAGGGAUGCUCCUUCAGGAGAAAGCCCCACUAAGUGUCUAGCACCUGAAAAAAUCCCUUCCGGAGAAGGCCCCAGGAACAUCUUCUGCAGAUUAAUGUAACCAAGAAGACAGUGUCAAAUAAAAGGGUUUAUUCAAA